AAGAAGUCCACUAGUAUGGAGUGUCCUUCUCCCCCAGGAGCUUGCAUCUCACUCCCAGGGCCCUGCAAGACAAGCAAGCAAGCCAUGGUGACGUAUAUCCCAAAAUAUGCCCCCUACUUGUGUAUUGCCUCCUUCCCUACCACACUCUUGUUUCGUACCGUAUCCCGCUUAAUAACCUUCCAGAUUACGACCACCGCAUAUGCCUUGUGCUCUAGUAUGGAGAGACACUAGCUCGAGGGAAG